AUGACCGUCUUAAUAGACACGUACGGCACUCCUGCUUGGGCUAUCAUGUCUCAACUCUACCAAACUAUGUGCUAUGAAGUUCUGCUAGAAGAAGUGUAUAGCCGCUCAUAUAAUGCACCUAAAGAUGGUAAGAAGUACACAGUUUUGCAGGAUAUUAGCCCCAAAGUUCUCUUGGCAGUCCGCGAUGUUGAAAGUAUCAUCUAUGUUAUCCACCAAGAAAUGCUCAGUGAAAAGGAGUACAAGAUCCUUAAGCACUACACCAACGAGCUUAUUUAUGUUGACCAAGACACCAUUCGUGUUCACAACAAGAAGACGCAAAAGCACGAGGCCUACCAGAUAUCAAAAAUCAAAGACUCGUCCCAUCGAGUCAAACACUUGCUAACCCAAAUAGAGGUGGACAAGAAACCGUCCACAACCCCGGGCGCUCCUCUGCUCACCGAGGAACAGAAGAAGGACAAAGCAGCAUCCCUUCCUUUUCUUCAAGCUCAAGGCUCUGGCACGGUCUACUUCCCCGACGAAGAGCUAAGUGAAGACUCUGACAUACUGGAGGACCAGGAAGAGUGUAGUUAA